CGGACAAGGACGAUGCAGCAGCCGCAAGGGUACCCCGCCGCGGGCUAUGGCCAGCAAGGCCAGUACGGCCAACAGCAGCCUCAGUACGGCCAACAGCAGCCUCAGUACGGCCAACAGCCUCAGUACGACCAGCAGCAGCAAUAUGCGCAACAGCAGCAGCAAUACGUCCAACCGCAACAACAAUACGGCCAGCAGCCGCAAUAUGAUCAGUACGGUCAGCAAGGACAGUAUGGCCAAGCGCCACAACAACAAUACGCCCAACAAGGCUACGGUGCUCAACCUGCUUAUGGUGCCCAGCCAGGCUAUGACCAGCAAGCGUCUGCCGGGGCUACCUCCCAGCACAACGUGGUGGCGCCCGCCACCUGGGACAUUGAAGCUCUUGAAGCGAAAGACGGGAUCCGAUUCUCAUGGAACAACUGGCCCAGCACGCCUUUGGAGCAGACGCGCGCUGUCGUGCCCAUGGGAUGCAUCUACCAGCCCCUAAAGCCCAUCGAGGGCAUGCCGGCUGCCGUCGAGUACGACCCAGUCCAUUGCAAGAGCUGUGCCGCGAUUUUGAACCCGUUCGCUCAUGUGGACUUCUUGUCCAAGCUGUGGGUGUGUCCAUUCUGUAUUACGCGCAACCACUUUCCCCCUCACUACGCUGAGCAUAUUUCCGAGCAGAACCUGCCCGCGGAACUCAUUCCGUCCUUCACAACGCUGGAGUACGAGCUGCCGCAGCGCCAAGCUGGACCGCCCAUCUUUGUGUUUUGCCUGGACACGUGUGUUGCGGAAGAUGAGCUCGAGGAACUAAAGGACUCGAUCCAGCAGACGCUCAACUUGCUUCCGGACGAGGCACUCGUCGGCUUUAUCACGUUCGGAACGAUGGUGCACGUCCACGAACUCGGGUUUGCCGAGUGCCCCAAGUCCCACGUGUUCCGUGGCAACAAGGACUUCACUGCCCAGCAAGUCCAAGACAUGCUCGGCCUCGCUCCGACCCGCCAGCCCACGGCUGCGACGACCCAGCCGGGCCAGCAGCCGCAGCCCAACCAACCUGCCGCCCGCUUCUUGCUUCCCCUCGGUGAAUGCGGCUUCACGCUGGACAAUAUCCUCCGCGACCUCCAGCGUGACCCGUGGCCAGUAAAUGCCGGCCACCGUCCCCAACGAGCGACCGGCGUUGCUCUGUCCGUGUCGGUGGGUUUGCUGGAGUCCACCUUCCGUGGCCAAGGCGCUCGCAUCAUGCUGUUUGUGGGCGGGCCUGCGACGACAGGCCCCGGCGCUAUUGUAAACCGCGAGCGCACCGAAGACAUUCGAUCGCACACGGACUUGCAAAAGGGCAAUGCGCCAUUGAGCGCCAAAGCCAUUGAGCACUACACGGGUCUCGCCGAUCGUUGCGUAGCCGCGGCCCACGUCGUAGACGUGUUUGCAUGUUCGCUCGAUCAGAGUGGGGUGAUGGAAAUGAAGGUGUGCGUGGCAAAGACGGGCGGCGUGAUCGUGCUAGCGGAUUCGUUUGGCCAGUCGGUGUUCAAGGAAAGCUUUCGCCGCAUGUUCUCGCGCUUCUCGGAGGAAGCGGCCGAGUCGGACCGUGAUCACUUGACGAUGGCGUUUGCGGCGUCGCUCGAAGUCCUCACGUCCCGGGAGUUCAAAGUGUCGGGGGCAAUCGGCCCCGUCGCGGCUCAAAAGAAGACGAAUGCCGCGGUGCCGGCCAAGAACAUCAGUGAAACUGAGAUUGGCGUCGGCGGCACCAACACGUGGAGCUUGGGCGGGCUAGACCCGCAAACAGCAAUCGCCAUCUACUUUGACGUGACCAACCAAGGUGCCAUUGCUCCCGGCAAGGGCCGGUACAUCCAGUUGAUCACGCGGUAUCAGCACUCGAGCGGCAAGUACCGAACACGUGUCACGACGAUUUGCGGGCCGUGGACAACCGACCCGAACGACGUCGAGUCGCUGAAGCGAAGCUUCGACCAGGAAGCGGCGGCCGUGCUCAUGACGCGCCUCGCGGUGUUUCGAUCCGAGCGCGGCGACGAGACCAAUGACAUCAUGCGAUGGAUCGAUCGGUCUUUGAUCCGCCUCGCGGCUCGCUUCGCCGACUACCGCAAGGACGACCCGUCGUCGUUUCGAUUGUCGCGGGAAUUCUCCAUCUACCCGCAAUUUAUGUUUCACCUCCGGCGGUCGCAGUUCCUUCAAGUGUUUGGGUACUCGCCCGACGAAAGCUCGACGUACCGGCAUUGCCUCCUCCGGGAAAGCACGACCAACUCGCUCGUGAUGAUCCAGCCGUCGCUCCUGUCGUACUCGUUCCAGGGCCCGCCGACCCCCGCUCUCCUUGACUCGAGCUCUGUCCGCGCCGACACGAUCUUGCUCCUCGAUUCGUUCUUUUACGUCGUCGUGUUUCACGGUGAAAUGAUUGCGAGCUGGCGGGACCAAAAGUACCACGAACAUCCCGACCAUGCCCAUUUCAAGAACCUCCUGGAAGCCCCCCAGGCCGACGCGCAGCUCAUCAUGGACUCUCGCUUCCCUGUCCCUCGCUUCGUCGUGUGCGACCAACACAAGAGUCAGUCGCGAUUCCUCAUGGCGAAACUAAACCCGAGCACGACGCACAUGUCGGGGGAUGGCCAGGGCGAAGUCAUUUUCACCGACGACGUUAGUUUGAAAGUGUUUAUGGAGCACUUGAUCAAGGCGUCCGUGCAAACGUAGAUGGCACGUCGUUCUCCGUCGUAAUACACUGUCGUCGAUCC